AUGGACUUUGAACGUGUAUCCAUCAAUGCCAUCAGGUUAGAAUUUACAGGCACCAGAAUUGUAGGUUGCUGGUUCCAUUCUUCCCACUGUUUAUGGCGACAAAUCCAGGAAUUAGAUACUGUUAGACAAAAAUUUCCUGACGAAAAAGAUUGUAGAAAUGAUGUCAUGGCGAGCACAGACGCUAUCAAGGAUUGCAAAGUAUAUUCUGAACGUAUAAACUUGAAUGUUCUCGGACAAGACAAUGUAAUAAUACAAUUUAAAAUAAGAAAAAUAACCCGACUAAGAAAGCUAAUGUACGCGUACUGUGAAAAUACUGGUCUUGCUUACAACUCUGUGAGAUUUCGAUUUGAGGGACAACCGGUUAACGAGAUUGAUACGCCAGCUUCUCUAAAUCUAGAAGAAGGUGAUAUCAUCGAAGUGUUCCAACAGCAGACUGGUGGUUGUAAAAUGCUGUUAUAA